AUGGCAGCCUCAUCACUCAAGCAAUACAUGGACAGGUCCAUGGGCAUUCUGCGCAAAAACACUGCCAAGGUCAUGCGCAUGGACAUCUCUAGCAAUCCUCAGGCUCUCCCCAUCUUAUCCUUUGCUUCUCCCUCCGGCUCCUCCUCCUCAGGUGGUCUGAGUGAUCCUGGCUCCUUCGCGCUCGGUUCCGACGCAGACAUCGGCGGGCUCUCUACCUCAGCUCUCACUCCCAUCUCUGAUCCCUCUUCAACGACCACAUCGCACGCUGCUUUCCAUGGCAACCUCUCACUUGCUGUGCCGCCUCAGUAUCAAGGGAAGAUUCGGACGGGUUAUGCGGCGUUCCGCACCAAAACACGGCCAACGCUAUUCGGCGAGGAGACAUGGGAUAUGAGCCUGUAUACCCACUUGAAGGUGGUCGUCGGGUAUAGGGGAUGGGAGGGGUGGAGGGAUCGAUGGGUGGUCAAUCUGCAGACGGACGGGCCAGUGAGAUCUGACCUGUAUCAGUAUCGCCUUCCCCUUCCAUCCUCAUCUGAUGCUACUUCGUCCCCCUCCCCUCUCGACCCAUCAUCACCGCCUCCACCGAAGUUCUCGAUACUACACCUUCCUCUCGCCUCGUUCGUCCUCACAAACUCCGGCCAAACCGCAUCGCAGCAGAUUCCCAUGAUGCGCACCAAGGUUCGCACCCUUGGCUUUGCGCUGCUCGGCGGCGGACGAUCGACAGAGGACGCCUCAGCCCCGACUAGCGAGGCACUCACUGCGCAGAUUAAGAUGAUGGGUGCGGGCGGGUGGCGAGGCGGCAAGGACGCAGGCGAUGUCGAGGUGGAUGCGGAGCUAGAGGAGUUGAUGAAGAGCGAUAUGCCACAAGAGGCACGGGCGGCACCGAGGGACAUACCGGCCCGGCCAGCGCCAAAUGACGGGAGCGGGUAUCAUAGGGUCGGAGCAGCGGUCGCUCCUUCAGCGGCAGAACAACCGAUUGCUCGACCAGUUGAGGCGGAUGGCAGUCCAUCGGGUGUCGAGGGGUACUACGAGCUCUGUAUCAAGUCGGUCGAGGCGGUCAAGUGGGAUCCAGAGAUGGACGAUGGGGAAGAUCUCGACUGA